AUGUCACUCAUUCCUCUCACGGUGUAUGACAACCUACGUCGGGUAUGCUGCUCAAUGUUUGCUAGCAGUUCCCAGACAGAUCAUCGAGAAAUAGCCGAGCGAUUAAUCGCGAACGCAUCGUUGGCGGACGUUUUGCGAUGGCGUAGCGUAUCGAGGCGGUUCCGUGCAGCCGCCCUACGUCGUUUGGCAAGGUUCACGACCAUCCAUGUACGAGUCUACGAUGGACUGUGCAAGUUGUAUGAACGCGGAUCGUCUAUUACAAUCACCGACGAACUCAGCUGGCAUCCUGAAGGUUGUCUUUUGCUGAGUGAAAUGAGUGGACAUGAACUCGGUAUCGCCCUCGAUUCACGACCAAAAUGGAAAGAUGUCAGGAUUCUGUUAGCGUUGUUACAAGUGUUCCGUGAAAAUGCGAUACAUAUCCAUAUGGAUAGCCCUAUCGUUGAGAUGCUCGUCAAAGAAGUGAACACGAAAAAAAUCAACGCGUUGUUGUUGUUCUUCAGUCAGAAUCGGAAAUGCGAUACAGAUUUCACAUGCGUAGAGACGGCCAUAGCUCCUAUGAUGAAAAGUCAGCUACCACUUGGCCCUAUGUUUCCAGCCUUGAAACAAUUUGUCGUUACCAGUAAUCCUCAACAACUCAAUCAUCUGUCUCGACUAAUUCACUAUGCGGUAGCUGUUGAUAUGAUAUAUCAGAAAAAGGAGAUUGAUCUGGUCUGUUUACAGAUAGUUCUGGGAGAAAGCUGGUGCCGUUCAAAGCAACGUCUAUUUCGACAUGUGAAUUCGUUCAAACAAUGGUCAGACGCUAGCUCUUUGGGGGUUCGAUACGUACAGCAAUUCCACGGUGCGGAAAAACGACGAGGAAAAUCCAAGUGUUGA